UAAAUUAAACACAUGGAUCCGUUUGACAUAUUAUAUGACAUUAUUCCAUUCGCUAUUUAGUGUGGUGCGGUUUCUAUCCGUGCGUUUCUAUCCUACUGGUGUUGUUGCCAAGUGAAAAGGUGUUCCACUGUUAGGUCCAUGUUGCAAUUUUCCAUUGCAAUAUGAAUGUAGGGUAAUUUGUACAUUUGAGAUAAUUUCGGGAGAUUAAUCAGUAAGUCUGACACUGAAUUCUACGGUCCGUUAUUGAAGGAUAUAUCUUCAACAGCAUACCAAGCAGACCAUGGAUAUCUUCAGUAUAAUUUCACUAAAAGCUGUGAAAUCGCCUGCGUCUAUUCCGUUCUUGCUUUUUAGAAAUAUAGGUCAGAUGAAUAUGUUUUCCCUGUACACUGUCGCUUGUCACGUUUCACCUUCAUUUUCGAAAUAUGUUCUCACAUAUAAAACAAUCAUUUUUGGCUCUCUAACAAUGCGUGCAUGAAUUCGUCAUGAAUAAUCUUGAUUUAUGAGGGGCUAUUAUUCAGUUUUCAAGAUAAGAAAAAAUGAAAACUAUGGUUUGACAAAAUUAAGUUUUAGAGAAACAUUAAGCUACAGCAAUGAAUCCCGUUGUAUUUGUUACAAUUUUCGCAUUGUUUUAUAGUUCUCGUCAUACAGAUGCAUUGCAAAUUACUUUCAUCCCCAGUGUUGUGACUGUUAAUAUGGGCGACAGUGUUUCGGUCAGCUAUGAAAUCCGGAAUUAUUCCCAUCAAGCUCAAGAAAAAUGUAUCCUUUAUAGUGAAAAUAUAAACAUUGCUUCUUUGGAAAAUGAAACAUUAGUUUUGAAACAAAAUGGAACAUUUGAAAUAAACGGAAUAUUUUUAGGAAAAACCUUCCUUUUAUGCAAAAGUCAACAAAGGAACAACACAACAGAAACUAUUGUAGAAGUCAUAGUUAUUCGCAAAGAAAGAAUAAUCGACGUCAUUUUCACUGCUUCCGUAGCCAGUUUAGUGAGUUUGAUUUAUAUCAACUUUGGGUGUGCUAUGAACUGGGGUGAUUUGAAACACAUUUUGAAGAAACCCACAGGACCUAUCAUUGGCUUUUGUGGGCAGUAUAUAUUCAUGCCAUUGCUUUCUUAUGGACUGGGAAAACUGUUGUUUCCGACAAGCCCAGCAAUGCAACUUGGAAUGUUCUUCACAGGGACCUCUCCAGGUGGUGGCGCUUCAAACCUUUGGACACUACUCUUAGACGGAAACAUCAACCUUUCCAUAGCCAUGUCCGCAGUUAGCACAAUCGCAGCUUUCGCAAUGAUGCCCUUUUGGAUUUUCACACUAGGUCGAUUGAUUUUUGAAAGCGGAAACCUAGCAGUGCCCUAUACGCAAGUUUUUAGCUAUGUUAUAGCUUUGCUGGUUCCGCUGGGUAUUGGAUACCUUAUCCAGAGAUAUUUGAGAAAGGUCGCAAAUUACUUGGUCAGGAUUAUGAAAAUAUUAUCGAUUUGUUUGCUAAUAUUUAUUAUUAUUUUCGCUAGUGUGACGAAUAUGUGGUUAUUCAAUAUAUUUUCUUGGCAGAUAAUCGUAGCUGGUAUGGCAGUGCCUUGGAUGGGGUUCCUGGCAGGAUUUCUAAUGUCAAAAUUUUUAAGACAACCUCCACCAGAUUGUACAGCUAUUGCCAUUGAAAUCGGGAUUCAAAAUACAGGAAUAGCAAUAUUUUUACUUAGGUUCUCUCUGCCACAACCUGAGGCUGAUCUGACAACUGUUGUUCCAGUAUCUAUCGGAAUUCUCACACCGUUUCCUCUUCUAUUUUUGUUGAUAUACAAGAAAAUUUAUGCUAGAUUCUCCAGAUCAACAAAUAGUUCCACAAAUGACCCAGGAUCAGUGGCUACACUAAAGAUAUGAAAAAAACCUGCUAUAUAUUCAAACAGAAUGGGAGUAAAUUUUUAAAAACAUCAUGUAUUACAGUGGCUUGCCACGUUGAAUGAAACUAUGUAUAAAAUGGAAUGACGGGUUUAUUAUGUGUAAAUUCUUCAAUGAGUACAAUUAACAGAUUCCUUUCGUAAACAAUAUAUCACAAUUAUUAGUACAUAAUUUCGCACUGUAAAAGAAAUCACAUCCAAAAUCACACGAAGUAUUAAUAAAUAUAACUGCUAUUUCUAUCUACUUGGUAUGUAUAAAAUGCUAUCAAAUAAAUAAGAUAUACAGUUGUUUCUAAUAUUGUAAGCUCUCAAAAUUCAUGUAAACUUUUUGCUAAAAUAUAAUUAUAUUUAAAACAA